UUUAGAUUUGCUAAUCAUUUGAUAUUCCAAUUCUGAUUUCUGGCGAUCUAGUUUUAAAGUUUGAAAUGAAGUUUUGCUGGUUUUUAGCCUGCUGCCUGCCAGCACGGCAGGAUGAAGACAAAAAAAUUAAGAGACAUGUCAAAAAAUACGGACUUGUAGAACUGAAGCGAGAACUGGAGUCUUUGAGAGUCAACAUGGAUGAGGCUAAAAAGGCAAACAAAAAGACGACCAAAAAGAAUCUACAAAAGCUUCUCAUAAAGGAGCUGAAGAAGAAGAUCGAGCGCAGCAAAAACGGACUGGACAACGGAACUUACGAAGAUGAGCUCCCUGAACAUGUCCUAGCUGCUCUGAAUGAACUGGAGACUUUAAGAGUGAACACUGAUGACGACGAAGAAGAAAUAAAAAAGAAAUGCAAAAGGAAGUCGGAACUACAAAGGUUCCUAAUCAAUGAGGCGAAGGAGGUCGAUCAUGACAAGAAGGAACUGUACAACAAAGUUUCCGAGGAGGAAGGUACAAUGCCCAUGGAUGAAGUCCUAAACGUUCUGGAUGAUCUGGACACAUUCUUGGACAAAGAGUUGGAAGUGGCUUCAGAAGGAGAAACGAGAAGGAAGAGACAGAGAGAGCGUUGAGGCCAGAGGCUGGAGACAGGGAGGAGGAGGCCGAGCAGGAGGCCUGUUUCUGGAGUGCCACACAGAACACGGACAAGGAAGACCAGGACCAUCAGAACAUCAAUAAAACCCAAACCAGAAGCCAGACUUCUGUUGAACUUCA